GCCCAGCCCAAUACCGAGCCGCGUCUGCUCGUUUGUCAAAGAUGACCAAAGCCCCCGUAGCUUCCAUCAAACAUCGCCUAGCCCCGUCGCAUACAUUUCCUGCCCCGAUCCUUGACGCCCUAGUUGCAUAUGUCAGCUUACUCUACCCACCGGCCGGGGCACCUUAUCGUCCCGUUCCAGCGAACAAGAUCAUUCUUGCAGGAAACAGUUCCGGAACCAACCUGUGCUUCGGUUUGACAAAGGUUCUUCUGGAGCUACAGAAGCUCCCGCGCUCUGAUGCAAGCAUCGACUUCCAUCGACGCCGUGUCACCCUUCCACUUCCAGCUGGGAUAGCUACAGUGGGUGGUUGGUGCGACCAAUGUGAUGCUCUUCCAUCGUGGCACAGAAACGGCGAGUAUGAUUGUCUCGGGGUGUUGCAACCUCCUUGCAUGCCCGGCUUUCCUACUGAUAGUGUUUGGCCGGCCAAUCCACCCCGAGAACACCCCUACUGCGUUGCAGCCACUCUGGACCAUGAGCUCGUUACUCCUGCCGCAGUGGGUGACUGGACAGGAGCGCCACCGAUGUUACUCUUGUGCGGAUGCGAGGAAGCCGGGGUAGAUGGCAACCGAGUUGUGGCCAGCCAGGCUGCCAAGUCGGGGGUAUCGGUACUCUGGAAUGAGUAUGAGGGAAUGCCACAUGAGUUCCCUCUCAUCAUGAGCAGCCUUCCGCAGGCGAAGCAUGCCUUUGAACUGUGGGCACGUACUUGCAAGGAUUUCGCAGAGAGCAAACCUGUUAGGUCUAGUGCGGUGAGAUGGUUGAUGCCGGACUGCGGAAAGGAAGAUCUAGGCGAUCCUAGAAACCUCUCCCCCUUGCCAUUUACCGAAGUGAGGCGGAGGAUGAGAGAAUACAAUGCAACCAGGUCCGUCUGGACAGGCAAACUAGGACAGCCCCGACUGUGACGCGUGUUUACUGUACUACGUCAACAGUCUCCUUCCACGGGAUGUGCUGUGAAAUACUGUCGUCGUCAAAAGAUAUUACCUUGGGACAUCUUCCACCUUCUGCAGUAGUCAGGGGGGUAUAGCUUCGACAUAAUAGAACCGGAAAUAUCCAAAGCAUUAACAGAUCUACCUG